CACACACACACAUUGAGUUUUAUGUGUUCUGCGCCACGAAUCAUAGUUUAUUUAUUUCGUUUUUUUUUUGCAGUUUAUGAUCUCCUAAUACUGCGGCAUACUCUUCCGGUCAUUGUUAGUCGAGCCGGGAAUUAUUCAUUCCCAGUUCUCACGCUGUUAAUGCUGCGAAUAGUCGGAAUUAUUGUGCCGAUCUGCAUAAUACUGAAAGCAGUUACUUCCAUCAUACGUCGCCGACAGCAACAACAGGCUAAUCUACCGACUUCUGUAUCGGCUGAAGAAGCUGGUUCGUUGACUCUGAACCAGCCACAUGUUAUUGCUAUACAGUAAACGCCUCGAACUUAGUCUAUGCGAAUGGUUGUAAUUUUCGUGAAAAUUGCUGAUGCCAAGAAAGAUGACGGAAAAUAGUAAUCCAAUUUCGUCAUCGAUAAUUAGUGAAGUUGUUGCUUUAUAUGUGUUGCAAUCUUGUGUAAAUAUCAGUUAUACACAAAACGAAUAGGAAAAAAAACCGAAAAAAAAGGAGGAAAAAAAAACAAUAGCAUAGAUUUCUGAGGUGGGAUAUAGUUAUGCAUGCACCUCUAAGGAAGCUAAUGUACAGUGUUGAUAUCAAAUUAUAUAUAUAUAUAAAUAUAUAUGGCUGUAUUUUUGCCCUGUUUUGGGGACUUAUUUUUUAA